AUGGAAGCGCCAUCAGACGAUGGUGAACCUGCACGAGUGCGGUUAGUGCAGAGGUUGGAUGUCGAAGGAGCUCGCGUAGAGAGUGAUGAUGACGUUCGGGAUGUGAUGGCUGAAAACGGUCUUCCUACGGCUACGGUGGACGCGUCAGGUACCCAACGGCACAUCAAGCUCGACAGCGGUGCAAGACUUACAAUGGCCGGUACGUACUGGAUGGCACUCGGUGAUCGAGUAUCGACGAAGGCACCCGUAGGCUAUAUCGAGAGAAUUGACGGAUUUUUACUGGACGCCAUAGGCGUUUGGCGGUUCGUGCUGAAGAAGUGUGCGUGA